AUGAACAGACGAUCAACAUCGAAAGAAACUUAUUCUUCAACAGUGUCAGGAAAAGUAUUCAUAGACCCUGACAAACAGAAGCUUUACGAAAAACAAAGAGAAGCCAUUUAUGCCCUCAACGCUAUUGCCAGAGAUAGAGAGCUCGCUGAGUUUCAAAAAUUCAUGAACUCUCAAGACGAACGUUCCAAAGAAAAACCUGUUGGCAUGUAA